GUAAAGACUUCAUUUGGUACGCCAUGUCUGGAGAACACUGCUUUCAUGGUUGUCACUUAAUGGUUGUUCAGUUUGUAGACCUCUGGAUAUUGUGAGUAAUAGUCCGACUACCAUAUAGUCCUUUCCAUUUAAAUCAAUAGAUUAGCACCAACCUUCGGAUAUGACCUGCCUGCUACUGGGUGUGGUUUCAGUGGCUCUGCUGGAUUGCUUGCUUGAUAUUUGAGUCAAACUGAACAGCUUGACCCCUCAUUUGCCACAUCCUGAUUGAUCAGUGGCGUGUUUAUUCCUUGCAUUUCUCUAUUCCCAAAUGUCCUUUGUGUAUUUUUGCAACAUCUUUCUCUUUAGGGAUAAUUUGCUACCUUUGUUGAUGAUGCCAUCUACAACUGAUUGUUCAGCUCUGUAGUUCCAGUAAUCAGUGAUUUCAGGUUCACAGCUCUGUUUCAUUCAUUUAACACAACAAAAUAAAACAAGGAGAGAAUUUGUGAGGCCAAUUUUUAGGGUUUGUACAGAAUGCUCAGUAGAUGAUAUUUAGGAACAGUAGCUGGGUGAUAUGACCAUGUGAACGGGAUCAUUCUCCAUCAGAGCAGAAGAUGCUGUCUGAAUCUAUGAUCGUGCUCUGUAUCUGCUGACCUUCACUCUAUUCUGACAGACGCUCUGCCGGCCUGUCAGGCAGCCUCCAGCGGAGACAUCCAUCAGCUCUAUGCGAUCCUGAAAAUGAACCCGACCCUGCUGGACGUUCAGGACAAACACACCGGGGACACGCCCCUCAUUGCUGCUUGUCGUCAUGGUAACCUGAAUGUGGUUAAGUACCUGGUGGACAACAAGGCAAAUGCCCUGCUUACCAAUAAGAAACAGAGGACAUGUCUUCACUAUGUGUCUAAGAAGACUCUGUCUCUUUUGGACUACCUGAUGAUCGCCAUCCUGAUGCCUAUCCUGCUGCUGGGAUACGUCCUCAUGCUGCAGAAAGAGAGAAAGAGUGUGGCGCUGAUGGAGGUCCUGCUGAGCAGUAGUGUGAAUGUUAGCGCCAUUGACUAUAAAGGCAACACAGCGCUGCACUAUGUCUGUCAAAGGAAAAGUCACAGUCUGGUUCCUCUGCUGUUGAAACGGAAUGCCCAAACUGACAUUAGGAAUAAGAAUGGAGAAACUCCGCUGGACAUCGCCACCCGGCUAAAGUUCACAAAGAUAAUUGCCAUGCUCAGGAAGACAAACUAAUGGACACCCACCACCAUCAGUUAGAGCUCAGACUGAUCCAUAAUGCUAAGCUAGGUUAAAGGUUUGGGUGCUAAGCUAGGUUAAUGAUUUUUAAGAAGUUACAGUACUGUAAUAUUAUUGAACCCUGUUGCAAAGUUUGGCUAACUAAUUCUGUGUUAAAUUGUGUUUUUUGGCUUCAGUCGAUUCAAAUCUGUUCAUGGAUAAUGGUUUUGUACUCGGAAGUGGGAUUUUCCGAGUUCCGUCUCGGAAAAAGCACAAAAACAAUGCCUCAAGUCUGAUUUCAACUAGGAAUGUUGCAGUUCACCAAACAAACUCGAGUUCAGUAUCGGAUAUGACUGUGCACAUAUAGAAUAUUGUAAAAGUUUCAGGUAUAAACAGUUUAAUAGCACUUCUGACAGUUUAUAUAUCAUUAAACCAGAGCCACACAGUGCUGUAAAGUAGCUAUAUGUGACCAUGCUCCUUUUUGUCCUUUACCACAAAUAGAAAAAUAUUAUCGGCUUGCACUGCUAAAAGUACUUAGCUUCAAAACAAAUCGCACAUCCCAGUGUUUUUCCACUAACAAUUAAAAUGCUCUCAACUUCUAGGCCAACAGUUUCUAUAUGUAGCAUGAAUCUGUCUAUAAAUGCUAAAGUAGGCUAAAAGUUACUCUUUAUCAUCAGUUACAUUAUUUCUAUACAUAGAUGCUAAUAGGCUAAUGUUUUUACACUAAGGAAGGCUCACAGUUACUAAGUAGUUACAAUAAUGUAAUACUGUUAAAUAUUGACAUUUGCUGAAAUAACUACCUUUAACUGUUUAAAAAUGCUAAGCAUGCUAAUCUUUAUAUCUAGCCUCAGAUAAUUUCUACAUUUAUUUGCUAAUGAUUUCUUUUUGUAGCUUUAGUUGCUUUCUUUAUAGAUGCUAAGCAAGUGUGACUGAGAGCGAAGAGUGGAGAAUCUAUGUGCAGAUGUAAAACUAAACUUGGAACCGAAAUUUCAAUGUUUUUAACAUUUUUAAGACAAAAUGUCUGUGAUAUGUGCAAAUAUUUUUCUUGGAACACAGCUGCUGAAGUUAAAGUUACACUGUAUCAAAAUGUUCUUUCAGUUUGUUAUACUUUGCUCUUUAUGUUGUAAUUUAUAAUGUAUCCUGGGACAUAUUUACUGUGUAGAAAGGACAGACUUCUGAUUGAGACAUUGACAAGAUAGCAGCAUAAAGUAGCGCAAUUUCAGAACCCUUGUGACAAAUAAUGUUUGUCCAGACAAAACAGAUUUGCUCCUGACCCGUCACCUUCAAAGACAAAAGUCCAUAAUGUCUACUACAGUAAAGCACAAGAAAAACAUCUGUCUACCAGCAACAUACAAAGAUGCCAAAAGGAGCAGAACGUCUUCCCCAGCUAAUAAUGCAGAUGAUGUGUUCAAUGUUAGUGUUUGAUUAAGUGGUCCUGUUCUGCUUACACUAAAGUGAUAUUCAAUAAAUUACAAUAGUAUUAAAAAGUUUAUUUAUUGCAGUAAUUUAAUUCCCAAGGUGAACACAUAAUAUAGAUAAGUUGCAAACAGACUGAUGUUUUCAAUCACAUGUUUUCUGAAAAGUGGCCAAGAUUACUAACCUACUGGAAAUGAAUCCAGAGGCAUUUAGAAUGCUCACUGGGUUUUUUUACCCUUUAGUUGUGAGUGAAUGUACUUGUGUUAUAUCUCUUUUAAGAGAUUUGAUUAAUAUGAUAAAAAUGUAUCCUGAUUCUUUUAAUAAGCAACAAUGGCAUCAGAAGAAAUGGUUGAAACCAGAACCAGCUACAGCAGUAGAUUGGAUUUCAGAUUACCAAAACAAUUUACAUAAUAGAAAAACUUUCAGAUAGGGAAAUAUUUUUAAUAGGUUUACAGAACAUGUGAAACCUGUGAAGUAAGAUUUCUGCUGACUGACAAGCUGGGUAGGAACUGUGAAUUAAUUUACAUUUAAGGGGUGCAGUGGUUUUGGUGUAAACAUGCUGUUCUGUGCUGUCAGUGUCCAGUAUCAUAGAAUGUAAAAAGUGCAUGCUCCCCAUUCAUGGCAGUGUUACUGAUCAUCUUUCUUUUCUCCAUUUGCGGUUUGCAAAAUAACAUGUUAGUACCUUUUCUUUUGUUUGUGUUGUUUUUCCUUGCUUAAUCCUGACAAUAACCUCCAAAGGUGAAAUGUUUCCUUAUUUAUGUAACAUUGUUUUGAAUGUGAAUUGCAGUGCCAAAAUAUAAAAGACCUUACAAAAGAAAAUGACAAUAAAGGUUUCAAAUGCAAA